AUGUCGCUUCCAACUCGUGUAUUGGGUAAAACUGGAGUCAAUAUUCCAACUAUUGGCUUAGGAUGUAUGGGAAUGAGCGAAUUUUAUGGACAAGCUGAUGAGAAAGAAAGCAUCAAAGUAUUGAACAAAUCAAUCGAAUUAGGAAGUGUCUUUUGGGAUACCGCGGAUAUAUAUGGAAAAGGAGAUAAUGAGGUCCUUUUAUCAAAAGUUCUCAAAGAACGCCGUAAUGAAGUAUUUCUUUGCACAAAGUUCGGAUUCGUUCGAGGUCCGAAUGGAGAAUUUAUGGGCGUGAAAGGUGAUCGUGAACAUGUUCGUCAAGCUUGUGAAAAAUCGUUGAAAAGGCUUGGAAUAGAUUAUAUUGACCUUUACUAUCAACAUCGUGUGGAUUCUCAAACUCCUAUUGAAGAAACCGUUGCCGCUAUGGCUGAUCUAGUGAAAGAAGGCAAAGUGAAAUAUAUCGGUCUUUCGGAAUGUUCAGUGAAUACGCUUCGACGCGCUUGUAAAGUUCAUCCAAUAGCAGCUUUACAGAUUGAGUAUAGUCCAUGGUCGCUUGAUAUUGAAAAAAAUGGAAUUAUGGAAGCAUGUCGUGAAUUAGGUGUUACCAUAGUCGCUUAUAGCCCAAUUGGUCGCGGAUUCUUAACCGGCAAAUAUAAAUCACUUGAUGAUUUCGAUCAAAAUGAUUGUAGAAGGAUUAUGCCACGUUUCUUGGGUGAUAAUUUUAACAAGAAUUUGGAAAUCGUUAAGAAAUUUCAAGAAUACGCAAACAAGAAAGGUGUUAGCUCAAGUCAACUUUGUCUGGCUUGGGUUUUAGCUCAAGGGGAGAAUAUUGUUGCCAUUCCUGGUACGAAGAAAAUCAAAUAUUUAGAAGAAAAUUUUGGUGCAGCUAAUGUUCAGCUUACCCCCGAGGAAUUGACUGAAAUUCGUCAGAUUAUUGAUUCUAUGGAAUUUGUUGGUUCCAGAUAUCCAGAACAAAUCGCCACUGUAACCUAUAGAAUUACUAUUUGGACUGACAUGUUAUUUACAACGGAAUGUAAUUGCUGGGCGGAAAAUUCUAAAGGCGAUCAAGUAGCUCGUUGUUUUCGUGUUGCAGGUUACAAUGAUUGCUCGAGUUUUGGGCCUGAUUCAAUCCGGUUUCUUUCUACACCUACAAAUGAUACAUACUGGGUUCAUACUGAUGUAUUUUUGUCCUUACGCAAAGAAAAAAUCCGUGGCCCAUUCCAAAAUGAUACCUGUUGGAAGAUAGGUGGCAAUGUAUUUAAUUGGGAAUUUAAUACAAUUGGAUGCUGCGAUAUCCCAAAUCUCUGUUAG